AAAAUUAAUAUUGUUUUUACCUCGUGUUUUAUUGUUUUUAAAACACUAAUAUAAAUUGCAUUUAUAUAUACAACAUAAAUUUUGUGUUAUAAUUAAAUUUUAUUUUUUAUUUUUAUUAUGGCAUUCAAUUUAACUCGUGGUAGCACUCAUAUUUUAAAAAAAUGUUUCCAAACAAAGUUCUUUAAUUAUAAAAAUGUGGCACAUUUAGACAAAAGGAAUUUACAUUUAAGUCCCAUUUUACAAAGGAUAAUCUCAUUUAAUUUAAGUGACAUUGGUGAAGGAAUACGUGAAGUAACUGUCAAAGAAUGGUUUGUUAAGGUUGGUGAUACCGUAGAACAAUUUCAAAAUAUAUGUGAAGUGCAAUCUGAUAAAGCUUCAGUUACUAUAACUUCAAGAUAUGAUGGAAAGAUUGUCAAACUUUAUCAUAAAGUAGAUGAAAUUGCUUUAGUAGGACGACCACUUGUUGAUUUUGAUAUUGAUGAUGAGGAUCACGAAGGCUCAGAGUCUAGUGAAGAAUCAAGUACAAGCGGUAGUGAAUCUGAUAAAGAAAAAGGCAGCUUAAGUGAUACCGACCACCACCACCAUCAUCAUCGUCAUAAAAUCUUAGCAACGCCCGCUGUACGUCGUAUUGCCAUGGAAAACAAUGUUGAUUUAAACAAAGUUCCUGCUACAGGAAAGUUAGGAAGGGUAUUAAAAGGAGAUAUAAUGGAAUAUUUGGGAAUGGUACCUCAGGGAACAAACAAGCCUCAUCCAACUUUGCUUCAAAAACAGCAAGUUGUUGGAACCCGUGUGCCGGCACCUGAUCGUAUUGAAGCUUUAAAAGGUGUUCGGAAGGUUAUGUUAAAAACAAUGUCAGAAUCAUUGAAAAUCCCACAUUUCGCGUAUUGUGACGAGAUCAAUAUGAAUAAACUAAUUGAUUUUCGGGACCAAUUACAAGAGCUUGCCCAAGAGCGCGGUGUUCCUAAGCUAACAUUUAUGCCGUUUUUUGUUAAAGCUGCAUCAGUCGGAUUAACAAAGUUUCCAAUUCUCAACAGCGUUCUGGACGUUGAAAAUGAAAAAGUUAUGCUUAAAGGUCCUCAUAAUAUAAGUGUCGCCAUUGCUACCCCGCAAGGUCUAGUUGUCCCCAACGUGAAAAACUGCCAAAGUAAAACAAUUUUAGAAAUAGCAAAAGAUUUUAAUGAUCUUGUAGAAAGGGGUCGAACAGGACAUUUACAUCCUCCUGAUUUUGCUGACGGAACAUUUACUUUAUCGAACAUUGGAAAUGUUGGAGGUACUUAUACCCAUCCAUGCAUUAUGCCACCUCAAGUUGCAAUCGGAGCGAUGGGGAAAACUCAGGUUCUCCCACGGUUUGGAGCUAAUGAUGAAAUAGUUAAAGUAAAUAUAAUGAACAUUAGCUGGUGUGCUGAUCAUCGUGUAAUCGAUGGUGUUACUAUGGCUAAUUUCUCUAAUACUUGGAAGAAAUAUUUAGAAAACCCAGCUCUAUUUCUAUUAACAGAUGAGCAAUAACUUCUUUAUUAUGUUUAUUUUUCAAAUUACAGGAAUUUUUAACAAAUUAAUUAUUUUUAUGUGAAAAACAUAAAAUGAAUCAAAUUCAUAGAUAUAAGGCUGUUAUAAUGCAUUUAUAAUGUUAAGAUGAUUUUAUAUUGCAAAUGUAAAUGAAUUCAAAUACAUAAUAUGUUCAUACAUGCAUAUUAAGUAUUUAGCUGAAAUUGUAAAAAAAAACAAAU